AUGAGCGUCAAGACAGCGGGAGAAGCAGCCGCAAGGAUUGCUUACCUGUCGAGCGACCUGGUACUGUCAGUCCAGCCAUCGCUACAAGGGGAAUCGACCUUCUCUCGGCAAUUGAAGCAGCUAUCCGCUGACAAUGUCCGUGCUGUGCGGCAGAAUGAGGAUCCUCUGCUCUCUGCAUUCCAUCCGCUCCAAAAUGGUACCUACGUGUCUGUGACGACUUCCUCAUCCAUUCUGCUUUCGUCAACUCCGCACCUAUACCGGCUUGCACAGUACCCUAUAGUCCUCCAUGUCUCUCUGGAGCCAGCCGCUUUCCCGGAUUUCUCCGUUAUCAGUUCGAUUAGACAAUGCGGUUUCUCGUUCCUGCACUCUCAAACCGUGCAGGAGGCGCAAGAUAUGGCAUUGACAUCCCAUGCUUUGGCGAUUAAAUCCGGAAAGGGUGUCAUUCAUUUCUUUGAUGCGAGCAAUUCCACCGAUGAUCAGCCCAUUGCGGAAGAAGACCCGGCGUUUGUUAGGGAUAUACUUGACCUAAAUAGCGCGAGAGCGAUCCAUCAACCCGGUGUGUCGCAAACCAUUUACGCGAGUUCUGGGCGUGUCGCGACGGUGGAAGAGCAGGGCUUGGCCGCUGCGCAGAGUCAACCAUUGGCAACGCCUGAGCUUUCAAUUCCAUCGAAAGACGUGCCCAGUACAGAGGCCUCAUCUAUCGUUUCCUCCCAAAGGGAGAGCGUUGCCGGAAGUACCGUUCCCAGUUCUGCUGCGACGACUGUUGAAGCUCCAACUAGAAGGCCUGUAGAUGCGUCCGAUAUCUUCCAGAUCACAACACACAUAUGGGACUCAUUGGCCGCACGAACGGGAAGAAGUUAUCAUGCCAUCGAAUACAGUGGCCCCCAGGAUGCUAAACAGGCUUUGUUUAUUUUUGGAUCCACCGGGGUCUUAGUCAAUGCCCUCAGGAACUCCAGCAGCAGGGAAGAUUUCAAGGGCGUCGGAGUGAUUACAGCUCGCCUAUAUCGCCCAUGGCUUGGUAUCCAAAUAUCCCGAGCGAUCCCAAACUCACUGGAAAGGAUCGCGGUGUUGGAACAGGUUCGCAGGACCACCAAGUGGGGACCAUGCUUCCUGGAUCUGCUGUCUAGUCUGGCUCCUCAAGCUCUGAUUACGAAUAGACCUUUGUUAGUUAGCUUUAGGUUGGGGUAUGUUGAGCCUGCUACUGCGGAUCAGGCCCUUCGAGGUAUCUUCCAAAAUUUGACUGCCUCAUCUCCCAUUCAAAACCUGGAGGUAGGCGUUCAAAAAGGAAGCGCCGAAUUAGAUGCAAGCUUGCAGUUGAAACCAAAUGCGAACGAAAACGCGUACACCAAAAUCCUUACCCAGCUUUUCGACGGCCGCUUGCACGUUGCCAACCAGCUUGGCUCUCAGAACGCUGGAAUUUCGGCAACUAUUUCCGCCAGCCCGGAAUAUGGCUUUGGCUCAUUGAUUGCGCGAAUGGAACGGAGACAGCGUUUUGUUCGCGAAGUCCAGGAAGCUGUCAAAUCCAACAAGUUUGCCACGGAUGUCCCUAAAGACUGGUUAUCAAAGUGGGCGAUAAAUGCGGCCAAUUCGACUAAAAGCAAUCAGCUCGCCCCAGAUGUGAUCGCUCGUUUGUUGGUGGAUGGUUCCAGCCUUUCCAAAGAUCUUCUCGCUUCAAAGCAGUUUUUCUUCACGGAGUCACAAUGGCUCAUUGGAUCCGAUGCUUGGGCCUAUGACCUGGGUAAUUCCGGAGUACAUCACGUUCUUGCCUCUGGAGCAAAUGUGAACAUGCUUAUUAUCGACUCUCAGCCCUACUCUGAGCGUGAUGCAGCGGAUCCCACGAGAAGGAAGAAAGAUAUCGGUUUAUAUGCUAUGAACUAUGGCAAUGCGUAUGUGGCCUCCGUUGCCGCGUAUAGCUCGUAUACGCAGGUUUUGCAGGCAAUUGCAGAAGCGGAUCAGUUCAAUGGCCCGUCAGUAAUUGUCGCUUAUCUUCCAUAUAGCAAAGAAGAUGACUCUCCAUUGACCGUGUUGCAAGAGACCAAGAAAGCGGUCGACUUGGGAUACUGGCCCUUGUAUAGAUGGAAUCCGAACAACGCUGAAAAGGGUGAACCCAACUUUGCGUUAGACUCCGAGCGAAUCAAGAGAGAGCUCGAAGAAUUUUUGCGCAGAGACAACCAGCUUACUCAGAUAAUGAACCGCAAUCCUAGGUUCUCCGCAGCUUUAUCGGAGUCCUACGGCUCUGAAGUACGCACUUUGCAAAAGCGGGCUGCGAAGGAUGCAUAUGACAAGCUUUUGGAGGGUUUGUUUGGAGCUCCUCUCACCAUCUUAUUCGGAUCAGACAAUGGCAACGCAGAGAAUCUGGCGAAGAGGCUGGGCAACCGUGGUAAAGCCAGAGGCUUGAAGACACUUGUUAUGGCCAUGGACGAUUACCCAGUUGAAGAUUUAGCCACCGAAGAGAAUAUCGUAAUUAUCACCAGCACGGCAGGUCAGGGAGAAUUUCCUCAAAACGGGCGCAACUUCUGGGAAACCGUCAAGAAUUCUGCAGACCUUGACCUCAGUUCGAUUCGCUACUCUGUUUUCAGUCUUGGCGAUAGUCAUUAUUGGCCACGAAAGGAAGACAGGAUCUAUUAUAAUAAACCCGGCAAGGAUCUGGACAGCCGUAUCUCUUUCCUUGGAGGAAAGCUGCUUACGGAGAUUGGCUUGGGUGACGAUCAAGAUCCGGAUGGGUAUCAGACCGGCUAUCAGGAAUGGGAACCCAGACUGUGGCAGGCACUUGGUGUGGACAAGGUUGAAGGUCUGCCUGAAGAACCACCGCCGUUGACAAACGAAGAUAUCAAGAUCCAAUCCAAUUACCUUCGAGGGACCAUCGCUGAAGGGCUCAAAGAUACCUCCACGGGUGCAAUCUCUGCUUCCGAUCAACAACUUACCAAGUUCCAUGGCACAUAUAUGCAAGACGAUCGUGAUAUUCGAGACGAGCGAAAGGCUCAAGGGCUUGAGCCCGCGUACAGCUUUAUGAUUCGCUGUCGUUUGCCGGGUGGUGUUGCAACUCCUUCCCAGUGGUUGCAAAUGGAUGCCAUAAGCAGUGCAUAUGGAAAUGAGACCAUGAAGCUCACAACUCGACAGACGUUCCAAUUCCAUGGCGUCGUCAAGGGAAAGCUUCGAGCAGCGAUGCAGGCGAUUAAUAGGUCGUUAAUGAGCACCAUAGCUGCUUGCGGUGAUGUUAACAGGAACGUCAUGUGUAGCAGUCUUCCGGAGCUCUCCGCAUAUCAUCGCGAAGUGCACGAAAUCUCGAAAAGAAUCAGUGAUCAUCUCUUACCCGCCACUACUGCUUACCACGAAAUUUGGCUCAAAGACGAGAACGACAAAAAGGUUCAAAUUGCUGGAGAUGCGGUCGUGGAUCAUGAACCGCUUUAUGGCCCAACUUAUCUUCCCCGCAAGUUCAAGAUAACCAUUGCGAUACCGCCACAUAACGAUACGGACGUGUAUGCGCACGAUAUUGGCCUUAUUGCGAUCAAAGGGGCGGAUGGACACCUCGAAGGAUUUAACAUCCUAGCUGGUGGCGGCAUGGGUGUGACGCACAAUAACAAGAAAACAUACCCUCGCACAGGUAGUAUGUUUGGGUACGUUCCCGCUAGCGAGGCUCAUAUUGUUUGCGAGAAGAUCAUGUUGGUGCAACGCGAUCAUGGUGAUAGAAAGAAUCGGAAACAUGCUCGUCUAAAGUACACCAUUGACGACAUGGGGGUGGACGUUUUCAAGGGUAAAGUCGAGGAGCUUCUUCCUGGCGGACUUCGAUUCGAAACACCUCGCCCGUUCAAAUUUGACUCCAACGUUGAUACUUUUGGCUGGCAAAAGGAUGAGUACAAUCUUAACCACUUCACAUUCUUCAUCGAGAAUGGGCGUAUCGAGGACACCGCUGAUUUUCAAAUGAGAACCGGGCUGCGUGAACUCUCUAAGCUCGAAAAGGGAGAAUUCCGUUUGACUGGGAACCAGCACUUGAUUUUAUCAAAUAUCAAGGAUGAGGAUCUUCCGGCCAUCAAGCAACUCAUGGCCGCGUAUAAGCUGGACAACACCUCUUUCACUGGUCUCCGGCUUUCCUCGUCGGCUUGUGUAGCCUUCCCUACAUGUGGCCUUGCGAUGGCUGAAUCUGAACGCUACCUUCCCAUCCUCAUUAGCAAGCUUGAGUCAACUCUUGAAGAAAACGGCCUGGCGCGAGAGAGCAUUGUCAUGCGUAUGACUGGAUGUCCCAAUGGUUGUGCCCGUCCUUGGCUUGCAGAAGUCGCAUUUGUGGGUAAAGCAUACGGUGCUUACAACAUGUACCUUGGCGGAGGGUAUCACGGGCAGCGCUUAAAUAAGCUGUAUCGUGCGUCAAUUAAAGAAGAAGAAAUCCUGGAUAUCAUGAAGGGCUUGUUGAAGCGUUAUGCGCUAGAGCGGAACGCGGAUGGAGGUCGUGCAGAGCGAUUUGGAGAUUGGUGUAUUCGUGCAGGUAUUAUCAAUGAGACGACCGAAGGCAGAAGAUUUCACGAAGGGACUCUUUUACCUACUGGAUACCUCUGUGGUUGUUUUGGCCGGAUUUCUGCUGCUGGUUAUGAAGUCAAGUCGGAAACCUUUGCUCUUGGUAGCUUUGACCUUAUCGAUAAGGAGCUAAAAAUUGUGAGCUCAAAAGGGAGUCUGAAGCGCCCACCAGUUUUGUUCGUAUGGUUCCUGGUUAAUUAUAUUCUCGCUGAAACCGAGACAUUGGACAUGAUCAUGUUUUCUCGUGCUCUCAUGACCUGGACCCAAGACCAUAUUCCGACCGACAACGAUUCUACGUCUGACGACCCGGUCAUCGCAUCCUACGACAUUUUUAUCACCGAUGCCCAAGUUCGUCGUUUUCUGCUCCAGUACCCCGACCGCUCCCUGGCCCAACCAUAUAGCGACCUAACCCUGCAAAAACCCACCGAGUUUCGAUUAAAGCCCAAGACUGGACUUGUUGAAGUCGACAUCCCCAUCAACACGCGCAUCAACUACGACGAAAGCAAGGGGCUGCGGUAUGGGAAUGCGCUGAAGAAGAGCCGGGUCCUUCAGGAGGGUGGUACACACGGUCUGGCCGGCGGGUUCAAUACGGGUGGUGUAGCAGCUGGGCGGGCGAAAUUGGAGAGCGACUCCGUGGGCAAAGAUUACUGGAAUGAUGGGAAUGGCGGAGAAUAUGAGGAUCUGGAAGAUGAGGCGAUUAAGGCGGGUCAUAUCAUGACUACUCAGACUCUAGGGGGGAGGAUACAAGAGACGAUGGACGGUGAUCCAAUCUAUAUGCUUGGUGCUUUUAAAGAAAACGAGCUUCAUCUCGCUCCCCUGUCAGCAAUUGUGCAGGUCCGUCCCCAGCUUCACCAUCUCGAUGCUUUUGACGAAGUUGCCAUCAAAAGCAAGGCUAGUGCGAAAGGCAAGAAAGAUUUGGAAGACGAAGGCGGGCCCCGCAGUGCGCCGGAAGCCCGAGCGAUUGAUGUCAAAGUCAAAUCGGCCGAAGCAGAGCAGACUGGAGGACAACGGAAUAACGAACUCUUGAAGCGAAUGCAAGAUGAAAAAUGGGAGAAGUAUACCUGGAUCGAUGAGAAUGACGAAGAGUCGUGGGAUAAAUACGAAGAAUAUAUGUUCAAUCGAACAAUCGAAGAACCUCCGCAGCUUGAGUCCGCCAUUGAGCCGGACGACUACAUCGACGGCAUGAGCGCACCUCGGGUGGACCCCACACGUCCGGAUAUGACUGGAUGGGCGAUGAGAGCGAGACGGAAGAAAAGGGGGCUGCCAGAGAAGGCUCAAGCGGACGACGAUAUCGUGAUGGAGACGGCAUGA